AUGGGCACGAGUCGGUUGACGCAAGCGCGCGUGUACAUUGCGUCAGCAGGUUCGGAUUGGUGCGGCGUAACAAAGCUUGCUGGAAAUUGGUCUGUUCCGAAGAUGAGUACUUCACCGAAGCUUCGUAAUUUCGCUAAUGAACCCAUGGGUGACAAACCAGUUACCGCAGUCACUGGUAUCGGCGAUGUGCUCGGAGAUCGCCUAGUUGCCAAAGGCUACGACAAAGCCUAUGUUUUGUUCGGACUGUUCUUAGUUUUCAAGAAGGAUGGAGAUCUUUUCCAGAUGUGGUUGAAAGACGAGAUCAAAGCUAAUUCCAAGCAAGCUACAGAUUGCUUCACGUGUCUGAAAGAAUGGGCAGACCCGAAUAGGAGUAAUAAUGAGUCGAGUGGUGGUGGUGGUGGUGCUGUGGACACGGCCACCAGGAUCCGGCAAAUGCGCCUCGGCCCAGGGGCUUCCGAUGACGCGAAUGCUGAGCCCAGCAAUAAUAAGAGACGGACUCGGAAAUCAAAUAAAAAUAAUGACGAUGCUGAUGCAGAAGCCGAGGCAGCUCGUCUUGUCCAACAGGAACAGCAAGAGCAAGAAGAAAAAGAACAUCAACGCCAACGAGAGGAAAAAGAACAAGAAGAACGACGACUGGAAAAAGAGAAACAACAACAAGAAGAAGAAGGAAGGAGGAGGAGGAAGCAGCAGCAGCAGGAAAUGAGGGAAAAGGAAGAGCAGGAACGACAGAAAUUGGCCAACAAGGCCCAGCGUCGCAAGGACAAGCCCAAGAAGAACGCCCUGGACAAGAAGUCGUACAACUCGUUGCUCGACUGGAUCAACAGCGACGAGCCCGCGGGCAGACCGGAAGUGGCCAAGAGCAUCCUGUUUGACAACGACACCGACUCUGAAGAGGACGACGACGAAGGCGACGACCAAGUAGCUGCUGCUGCUGUGCGGAGAAUCUCGUCGAAAAAGGGCCCUCAUCGUCAUUAUAAUAAUGACGACAAGGAGGUGAAGGACGAGGAGGAGGCGAGGAAGAAGCAGAAAAAGAAGACGACAACGACAAAGAAGAAGAAGAGUGUUGUUGCAACACCAGCAGCAGCAAAGAACGACGAGGAACGGAAUGACGACACUUUGCAGAGACUGCAGCUGCAACACCAGGCUGGGGAAAAGAGUUUCCUCGAUGACAUCCUGGGCCAAGUGCUGGACUUUUCCGACGACGACGACGAUAAUAAUGCAUCAGGGAAAGACCACGAGCAGCAGCAGCAGCAGCAAGAAAAGAAGAAGAAGAAGCAGAAAAAGACGGUGGAGGAACUGAGGUGGAAGAACAUUCGACACGCCGACUACUUCCGAGUCAUCGAGUGGGUGACCAACGGCAGGGACGACGACCUGCACGAGGCCCGCGACCUCUUGUUCAAGGAAGACGAGGUCAUGGAGCGGGAAGACCGGGAAGCGGACGAGGCCGUCCGCCAAGGGAUGAUGACCGACUUUUCAUCCACUCAUCACGAUUGACUAUCAAUUUAGUGUAGAUGCUGCUGGACACCGUACAGUAAUAUAUAUAUAUCCAUACCAGCGGUCCUUAUUGAGCAUUUUUGGCUGC